AUGAAAGAUGUUAGAAUAUGUGCUUUGCGUCUUGUUACCAAUUAUAAGCCUCUCAAUACUGCUCUUCAAUGGAUUCGAUAUCCACUUCUUCAAAAGACAGAUCUUUUGAAUAGAUUAUUCAAAGCUGUUAUCUUCUCAAAAUUGGAUAUGAAGUCAGAAAGUAUAGAACAACAUUUCAAACAUAUCAAUAUACUCAUGCAUGUUACCAAGAAAAAUAGUUUAGCAGUUUCUGCUAAAAAGAUUAUUUUAGACAAAUCUUCUCUUCAAAGAUUCUUUAGUUGCGUCAAUUAUAUUGGCGAUUUUAUCAAAGAAAUAAGGUUGAUUUGUGCUCCUCUUUUCAAAAGACUACAAAAGAACGCGGACCCAUGGAGUCACGAGUGCACAUUAGCUGUCCAAAAAAUAAAAAAAGCUGUAAAAAAUAUUCCAUGUUUAUCAAUUAUUGACCCUACUGCUUCAAUAAUUGUCGAAACCGAUGCCUUUGAUUUAGGCUUUGGUGGUGUGUUAAAGCAAAUUCCUAAAGAGUCAAGUCAAGAACAGUUGGUUAUGUUUCAUAGUGGUGUAUGA